AUGAAAAGUUUAACUAGACAGGAACUUGAAUUUACUGUGAGAGAAUCUCAGGGAACUCAAACAGCUCUAACUGUUGAUGAUUUGGGGAUUAACGAGAAAACUAUGGAUGAAUUGCAAAUUAGAAUAAGGGUAAUGCAAAGCACAUUUGCUGAGGACCGAGCACAUAUGGGAGAACAAUUAGCGGAUAUCGAAAAAAUUCUUUUACUCAAAACAGAAUUAACAAAUACAUUAGCUAGUCAAUUAGAUGAGGCUGCAAAGAGGUCAAAAGUAGAAGAUGAUAGUCAUCAGUUUGAAAGGGAUUUGUUUAGAAGGAGAAUAGAAGAAUUGGGCAGAAUUGCAGAACGAGUGCCCAUCCUUGAAUCAGAAAUUGAAAAAGCGCUAAGUGAAAAAAGCAAAUGCGAGCUCCGUUUAAGAGAUGUAGAAGAACGUUUGGAUGAUACAAUGGAAAAAUCAUUGGAAAAUGCAUUGAAGAGGGAAAAGGCUCAAGAAUGUUAUUGGACAGAAAGAAUGGAUGCUGUUGAGCGAGAAAGAAGAGAAAUAUCUGCUCAACUCGAACACGAAAGACGCCGUGCAGCAAAUGAAAGGCUUACGUGGGCAUUGGAAAGGGCUGAUUUAGAAAGGCGCCUUACUUCAGCUAUUGAACAUGCUGAACAGCUUUUUUCCAAAUUAAAUUGCCCUAAAAGAGAUGUCCAAAUCGAAGUUCGUCCAAGAACUUCAAAUAAAUAUGUCUUCUGUAGGCCUAAUCAAAGAGAUCAACAAGUUGAUAAUGCUGAUUUAAGAGAUGAGCAAUUAGAAGAACUUGUGGAUGAGAGAGUGGCUGCUUUUGCUGCUGAACUUGUUGAAAAGGUAUGGGAAGUUGUUGGUUGA